AUUCGUUCAUACGACACAAAGACACUGUUUUGUUUAACGGAUAAUUUCGGCUUAGAGGACUCACCAGUCAUGUAAAAUAUCGAAUAUAAUUUAAAAAAAUAAACAACUGGAAGCAAUAGAUCUCUAUGAGUUGCAGAUAAUUGCGUCAUCCACUCGUAGACGCCUACCCCAGAGCGACUGACGUGCCUGCAGCGCCAUGAGUGAACGCCACCCCGCGGCCCGCUGCCUGCACCACUGGCCCACACGAGCCCUGUGCCUCGCCUUUGUCGCAAUCCAGGCCGCCUCCAUCAAUUGGUAUCUCAUGGAGAACCUAAAGCCCAGCUGGGCAGCCAUGUUUGCGGCAGACGCCGUGAUUUUAGGAUUGUUUACGGCGUCGUUCAUCCAGUCUUCAGCUAAUAUCCACAGAGAGAAGCACCUACCCCUGGUCACAUUUGAACUAUCCGCACACCUGCCUUUGUGCUACAUUGCCUGGUUUGCCUACGCUAUCGUUCUUGACGUAAAGAUUGUCGUGAUUUUUACAACGUUUUCCACGAAUUUGGACGAGGCUGUAUUUUUUGGCCCUAACACGUUGAAGACAUCUCUAGCUAUUGCUGGAAUAGUAUUCCUUACAUUUUUGCCUACUCAGCACGACGUCAGAUGCGCACGCAGACGAACAUUAAUUACAACGCUGACAACGACAGUUCUCUUCGAUAUAUUGGACGGAGUUGAUAUUCUGGAAAAUCUGUUUGAAAAAGAUGUUAGAGAGAGCUUCCCUGCAGGACUUGCAAGAACGAUGAUCGUCAUUUGUUGCCUUAAUUUCAUGUUACCAACUCUCCCCUUAUUCACUUUAGCAAAAACACGAUUCGGAUUGAAGAAACUUCCGGAAAAACUGGAGCUUCUUCACAAAAUAGGAGUUGCGUACAUCGUGAACUUGCCAUUGUUGAUAACGAGGAUGAUCACUUGGCAUGGCUUAUCGGCAGUAUCAAGGUGCCUGAACCACGUGACUUUUUCGGCUAUGUGUGGGACAAUCGGAUGUAAACAAAACGUCGCUUCAGAAUGCCAUUUGUUUGCGAACAGUGUGGCAGAGAGGUCAAAACACGGUCGGGGAUCUCCUAAUACAAAGCCACCCACGCACGGACAGGAAAAUAGUUCCGUUGGACAAACUUUUUCUUGUUUGUUUCUAUAAAAUUGAUUGUUACAGAAUGUUGAAUUUUCAGUGAAUUGUUACUGCCAACUAAUGCACUUGUUUAAUACACAAAAUCGUAAGGAUUGUUUGUGCAAGAUGUCAUGUGAAUAUUAUUGCAACAAAACUACAAAAAGUGUUAGUUCUGUGUUUUUUAGCAGGAAUGUGUAGGCAUUUUUUACUGUAACGAUAGUUAUUAAAUAAGCAUAAAGAGAUCAUACAGCAUUUUGAAACAAAUAGACACUAGGAUCAAUAACAUUUUUUUUCUGGAAAAUCAUGUAUUUAUAUCUAAAUCCUAUUGAGCUAUCUGAUAUAUCACGCAUGCUAUUUUUUUAAGUUUAACAGUUAAUUUCAUUUGUAUUUUGUUCUGUUGGGAGAUUAAAGUAUUGUUGGAAGCACCUUCAAGAGACGUACUGAUAUCUUGAUCAAUGAAAAGUUGUAUAUACAAACAUGUAUAGCAAAUGUUCCAAAGUUUAAAUGACUGUUUUAUUACCAGAUGGUGCAAGUAUUGCAGGGAAAGAAAACAAUCAAAGUAAACAUUGCAUAAAAAUUUGACAUUUCAACAAAUUGAACAACAUUAUAUGAUUUGAUGUUAAUUACUUGGUGCAGUGGUAACAAGAUCUUGCAGCGCCCUUUCAUGACCGGGGCGAAUGAGUAUUUUCAUUAAACAUCAAACUAUUUUCAGUUAUUCAGAUUUCAUUUGAAUUUGAGUAAAUGAAGUAUUGAUGCAAUUCAAUAUGUUUGUUGGUAUAAUAACCCCACAAGUCAAGACGUUUUGGCGAUAAUCAUUUGUUAUGACUUAAUUGGAGCAUUCAUAUGUUUGAAUAGCAAGAUUUGCAAAUUCAUAAAUUGACUGAUUACAAUUUCUUUGUGAAUACUAAUGUACUUCUUUAUGUAUUUGGUGCUUUAAUUGCUAUUGUUACAUGUGCAUGCUAGUUAUAAAGUAAUGUUAUUAUU